AGACCUAUAUAUUUACGUGGUACGAUACAACUGCGCAUGCGCGUGUCAACUUCGUAGUGUAAAAGGUUCAUUCCUGUGCAGCUCGCUGGAUCGAAGAAGAGAAAUAUGCCUUGCUUUAAGACUACAGAUACCUGGGCCAAAAACCUCCGAACAAGCACUAUCGGAGAAGAAUUCCAGCAGUACACUAUACAGCUAACUCGUCAUAUCGGCUGUUGUGCAGAAAGUUACCAAAUCUUCGUGAAUGGUCGCGAACUUGAGCAUCAUACCCUGUCGUAYAAUCCCUGCAGUCCUCUGUGYUGUCCUGGUGGAGUCUACGAAUGGGAUCAAGACGGGCAUAGUUUCAUGCUCAUGUACAACAGCUUAUCGUUUACUCGGGCAUUUGGUGGUUAUCGAUUGUUUAUUGAUGGGAUUGAUGUCAACACUGGUAGAGACAUCAAGGCGUUCUGGCGGCGAAGAGGAAUGCAGAUKAUAUUUGURGGAUUGUGCUUUAUUCUCCUGGGAGUCGUGCUGUCUCUAAUCUUUCGUUACGCUAUCCACAGCAGAGCAAGCCCAUACUAUAUUGGAUAUGGACUGGUAUUUGCUGGAGUCUUGUACGUUAUUAUGGGUGUUAUUCCUUUCAUGAGGACGUACCCUCAGCCUCGCUAUGGUGCGUUUACUGAUGUUUCAUAUUCUGGCCCAAAUUCCAGAGGAACCAACGUUGUUUGAGCCCCAGUUCUACUCAUAAAUGCAGAUAGACACUGGACUUGUUUGUAGCUUUCUACUUUACUGAACAACAUUGAGAACUGACCUGGAACUCUUGCACCGUUGGGAUAAUAGAGAAACUAAUAUGAAGAAAUAGGAGAGUACAAGUACAAGUUUUAAAGGUGGCUUUCCAUGUGUUGCUGAUACUAGAUUAUAGGUCCACUUUUUAUUUCUUUGCCAUUUCAAUCUAUUGCAGAAUGCAAUUUAUGAUCAUCGCAUAUAAAAGCCAAUAUAAUUAAAACUUGUCCUUGUACUUCUACAUUUCAACAUGGAUAAUCCCUGGUUGUUAUUWACUUAAGAGACAAGCUUUGGCCCAUGAGMCUGCAGCAGAAAAUAGACAUGAACAUUAGAUAUUCACAACAAGGAUGAUAAAUGAUGACUCGUCUKCAAUCUUGURCUUGUUAUAAGAUCCCAAUGUGUAGAUUUUUUAAUACAGCACUUUUGUAGUAAUCAAGUUGUACUUUAAGCAAAAAUCCAAACCAMUAUCUUGUGGUCUUAAGUAAAGUGACAGUUAAUUGAAAAUGCGAAUGCAGCCAUACUACUGGAAAAAAUGCCAGAAUCCCGUUCAAAGUCAGAUUUWCUUCUGGCAUUUUUUCCAGUAGUAUGGCUGCAUUCGCAUAUUUAUUCUACUACUGACGGACACACAUAUUGUUUUAUAAUUAGGUAUAGUAGCAGAAACACUAAUACCAUGAUACCAUGAUAGCUUAAAGUGUUGAUCAAAAUAAUAGAAAACAAAGGACUGUAAUAUUUAUACUUCAUGGAUUAAGAUAGUCUGCUCUGUAUGAUGUAGAACAAACAACAGUAUCACAAUACAGUAUAUAAUGGAGAGUAAACAUCAUGAUUGAAAGUAUAUCAAAGAUACUCAAUAAAGGUAUAAGAAUUUUA